AUGCAAAUAAUAUUAAGUAAUCUAAGUAAUUCUGCCUCGCGGUUCGGCAUGCGCUUCACACCUGCGAAGUGUAAAAUGCUGCUGCGAGACUGGGUGGGCUCGAACCCUAGCCUCGUGCUUGCGGAUGAACCGAUUGAGCUAGUAGACAAAUUUACUUACCGAGGCAGCUGUCAUGGUGGUCUCACGAAAGAUGAUAUUUCCAUCCGGAUUGGGAAGGCCAGAGCAGCUUUUGCAAACCUACGCCACCUGUGGCGUAGGCGUGAUAUCAGAUUCUCUGUCAAGGGUCGGGUUUACAAUGCUGCGGUGCGCUCCAUAUUACUAUAUGGAUCAGAAACCUGGCCGCUGCGCGCCGAGGACGUCAAAAGACUUUCAUGGAAGGAAGAAGACCUUUGCUGCAGAGCCGUUUA